CCAAGCGCUUCUCAUGAACAAUGAGCUCCUUGAGUGCGGGCUUGGCUGGAAUGUGUCGUUUGCACUGAGAGCUCGCAGUUUGACACACGGUCUCGUUGCAAAAAGGUUCACGUUUCGUUGCUGGAUUUCUUUUUGAUUUUAUUGUUUUGAAGCUCGGUGCAUUUUUUUGCACGGGAGCUGUUCCUGGACACACGCUCCCCGUGUGUGUGUGUGAGUGUGAGUGAGAGGGGGUGAGAGUUGGAGCGGCGAUGGUUGGCAGCUUAAACCUGCAGGAGGUGACCGGUCCGCUAGUGGAGACCAAGCGGCUGGGAGAGAGGGUGCUGGACAGUCCCGACUCGGGGCUCCCACCCAGCCCCAGCCCCACGCCCAGCCUCUGGCUGCCUUCCCCGGGGAGCUCGGCCGACGGGCGGCUGCUGGAGCAAGACGACCACGGAUUCCCCACCGCAAGACAGCAGCGACACUCGGAUCCUUUGAUUAACUCCCCUUUCCAGAUCGCUGGCUUUGGGCCAAGACUUCACCCGCUGUCGUUUGGAGAAGGUGUAGAAGUUGACCCUCUGCCUCCCAAGGAGAUCAGGUACACCUCCUCGGUGAAGUACGACUCCGACCGGCACUACAUCGACAACGUGUUCCUGCAACACCUCUUGGGCGUUGGCUCUUGCAGCCAGAACGUGGUGUGCUGUCCCGACUGCACAGGGCGCAACUACAAGACGGAGGCUGAAAGUUACGAGAUGCAGCGCAUACCGCAGCGCUUCCUCAGGCGCCCGUCAUCGUGUAACCCCAAGUACGCCAAGACUGUCUACACCACCACUGUGGAUUCCAACUGCAGAAAGGCCGUGCGCCGCUUUCUAUCCAGCGUGGAACCGAUAGUGACCGGACUGCAUUAA